CGCAACACUCUGUUACACUUCCUUAUCAAAGAAACCAUACCCCCUCUACAUACAGAGUUCACAGUCAAGUAGGAAGCCACUCCCUGUCCUCUGGUGUAGAGUUCCAUGAAACAGAAAAUAAUCUUUGUUAUUCUGUUGCUCAACCAUUGGGUGAAAGCACUAAAAUGGCUGACAAUCUAGAACUGUUCUGUUGCUCCAUCUGUCUGGAUCUGAUGAAGGAUCCGGUGACUACUGCCUGUGGACACAGCUACUGUAUGGGCUGUAUUAAAGAAAGCUGGGAUCAGGAUAAUCUGAAAGGUGUCUACAGCUGUCCACAGUGCAGACAGACCUUCUCUCCAAGGCCUACUUUGAAGAGAAACACCGUGCUGGCUGAAGUGGUGGAGAAUUUGAAAACAGCAGAUUUCCAAGGUACCCCUCCUGCACACUGUUAUGCUGAACCUGAAGAUGUGGAGUGUGACGUCUGCGAAAGGAAAAAACUCAAAGCUGUCAAGUCCUGUCUGGUGUGUCUGGCCUCUUACUGUGAGACUCAUCUCCAGCCUCACUACCAUGUGCCCCCACUAAAGAAGCAUAAGCUUGUCAACGCAUUGACAGAUCUACAGGAGAAGAUUUGCCCAAACCAUGACAAACUGCUGGAGGUUUACUGUCGUACCGAUCAGCAGUGUAUCUGUUAUCAGUGUACAAUGGAUGAACAUAAAGGCCAUGAUACAGUGUCAGCUGCAGCAGAGAGGACUGAGAAACAGCACCAGUUGGGAGAAACACAAGGGGAAGGGAAGCAGAGAGCCCAGAUGAGAGAGAAGGAGCUGCAGGAGCUGAGACAUGCUGUAGAUGCCAUGAAGGAGUCUUCAUGGGUAGCAGUGGAUGACUUUGAGAGAAUGUGUACCAUGCACAUCCUUUCAUAUAUCCGCUCCAAUGAGCGAAGGCGUUCUGAGGUGAAGGAGCUGGUCAGAGCCCUGGAGAAGGCUGGAGUGAGUCAGGCUGAAGGACUCCUGGAGCAACUAGAGCAGGAGGUCACUGAGUUGAAGAGGAGAGAUUCUGAGCUGGAGCAGCUCUCACACAUAGAGGAUCACAUCCAUUUCCUCCAGAGUUUCGAUUCUCUCUGUGACCCUCCUGGACCAAAGGCCUUUCCUAGCAGUUUUGAAGCAGUGAAGAAAUUUGUCUCUGAACAGAAAGAGAGAAUGAAAAAUAUAUGCAAGGAGGAAACCGACAAGAUGUGGAAUUGUCUCGAAAGAAAUAUGUUGACAAAACCAUCUUCACCAUCUAUGCAAGUGGACAGUACAAGAAGUACAUUUUUGAAUGACUAUCGAAGCAUGGAAGUGGAUCCCAACACAGCAUGUGCAACCCUCUCUCUGUCCAACAGAAACAAGGAUAUAUCAUGGAGUGACAAGGCCCAGGCCUAUUCAGACCAUCCAGAAAGGUUUACUUACUAUCACCAGGCUCUGUGCAAAGUGGGUCUGGCUGAAACCUGCUACUGGGAGGUAGAGUGGAGCGGGGGCAUCGUUGAUGUGGCGGUCUCAUACAGAGGGAUCAGCAGGAAAGGCUGGGGCAAUGACUGUUGCUUUGGACACAAUGAUCAAUCCUGGAGUUUGGUCUGCUCUCCCUCCAGUUGUUCAUUCUGGCACAAUAAUAACAACAAAACCAAAAUCCCUGUCCCCCGCUCCUCCAGAGUAGGAGUGUACCUGGACCACAAGGCAGGUACUCUGUCCUUCUACAGCGUCUCUGACACAAUGACCCUCCUCCACAGAGUUCAGACUAUAUUCACUGAGCCCCUCUACCCUGGGUUUGGAGUUGAUUUAGGAUCAUCUUUAAAGAUAUGCCACCUGCCAGCAUGACCAUGAUCUAACAACACUCAAACCCCUCCUAACAUGUUAUGGUUCUGGUACACUAACCCUAGGCUUGCUCUAUUGGGGUUUUAUUUAUUUAAUUUUAGUUAAACAUGCUCUGCCUUUGUAAAAAGCACUGUUAAAAAGGAGUGGCAAUUUUUUGGAUUAAGGGCUCGUAAGUAAGCAUUUCAUGGCACAUAUGACAGAUAAAAUGUUAUUUUAUUUAGAUGUUUUAUUCCAGAUAUUGACCACUCAAUUUCUGUCUAUAUUAGUAGAUGGGCAAGUACUUAUGGCUUCAUAUGUGUUUUUGAUCAAUGUCAGAUGAAUAAAAUCAAAGUAAGAUCA